CGUUACGCUGUCUGUGGGCUGAGAGCUUGAUGAUUCUGUUGGUUCCUGAAAAAUUGGAGAUUGAAGGGGCUGGGCCCACAGACGAGAAAUGGCGAGGACGGUUAACGAGAGCGGGUGCGGAGAACAAACACAGAGACCGGAGCCGCAAGGACCGGGCCUGGGUUCGGCCAGAUGGGGUCCACAACACGCCGGUGCCCGAGAACUAGCAAAUCUAUAUUCACCAGGCAAAAGAUGUCAGGAAUGGAUAAGUGUCAUCCUCUGCUUCACUCUCAUGGCCUUCAAUUUCUUUCACCUUCUUGCCAAUUUCCACCUGGGACAUCAGUGGUACAUCCUGUUGAGUGUUGUGGCAGGAAUACUUACCGCAGACUUUGUGUCAGGACUUGUUCACUGGGGGGCUGAUACAUGGGGAUCAGUGGAUCUUCCCAUCUUUGGGAAGGCUUUUAUAAGACCAUUUAGAGAGCACCACAUCGACCCCACAGCUAUUACCCGUCACGACUUCAUUGAGACCAAUGGCGACAACUGCAUGCUUACCAUAGUCCCUUUAGCAAACAUGGCCUUCAGCUUCCUCACCCUCUCCCCCGUGGAGAUUUACCGUAUCUACCCCUGGUACUGCUACCUGUUCGCGCUAGGCAUCUUUGUGACCCUAACCAACCAGAUUCACAAGUGGUCGCACACGUAUUUCGGCCUGCCUCGUUGGGUCGUGUUCCUGCAGGACUUCCACAUCAUCCUUCCCCGCAAGCACCACCGCAUCCACCACGUCUCCCCUCAUGAGACGUACUUCUGCAUCACUACAGGUUGGCUGAACUACCCUCUGGAGAAGAUGGCUUUCUGGAAGACCCUGGAGGAUCUUAUCCAGGGUGUGACGGGAGAGAAGCCCAGGGCGGACGACUUGAAAUGGGCUCAAAAAGUGAAGUAACGCCGCAGGCUAACUGCACCCUACCUCAGAAGACGCUGGCUCCGUCCGGGCUUCUCAUCCCCUUUUUUUUGCCUCACACAGACUGUAAUCCAUAGAAAGCAAAACUAACAAACACUUUCUGAUGCCAUAGCUUUAAGUCUUGCACAUGUUGUCUGUUUUUCAAGAGGAGGGCUCUGUUGAUGGAAGUUUUCAUUACUCCCUCGUGGAGAUUUCAAAAUUGCAAUAUAUCCUAAACUCUUCGUAUGCCUAACGCAACUAAUAACGUUUUUGAGAUGAUUUAUAAAUAAAUUGAAGGUAUAAUCAGAUACAGAUUUCAAAUCGCUUUCCAGGGAGAUUAAAAGAUUUCCCUCCCGUCAGAAAAUUCAAACAAGCCCAAGAAAGAACACUUGAAAGAGUGAACACUUGCUUUCUUUUCCUCCAGAGACAAAACUUCAUUUUCAGAGUGGAUCGAGUGGACGUUAUAUUUAGCACUGCUUUUUUUUUGUUUGUAUUUCCACCUCAUCAAGGGUCUUCUUGAUGUGCAAGUAGUGACAUUAGAUUGAGGCCGUGGUAAGUAGUGGAGCUGGGGGGAUAUAGUAUUUUUGGUUGCUUUACCAAUGUUGAAGAACAACAUGGUUAAUUACUGUUAAAUUUGUUGAUUUCUUGAGCAUUUGGGUUCAGCUACUGUUGUUUUUUAAAGAGGGGAGAUAACAAUAUUUAAUAGUUUAGUCAUAAUUUAUCAAUCUGAGACAACUACAGUUGCAGUGAAGGAGUCAAUGUUACUUUUAAAGCCAACAUCAUCCCUCCAGAAUGCUAAAUGACAGAUCUGACAGCUCAGAGACGGGGUUAGUUUAGACAAACCAAAAACAAAUUGUUCAUAUUGCUGUUGGAUCCUGAGCUUGCAUUUUGAUUGGAAUUUGUCAUGUUAUCUGGCCACUGAAACAGUUUGCAUUUGUACAUGGGAUGAUAAGGGAAGCACACACACGAUGAGUAAUUUGAUCUACAAAAGUGACAUUGACGUGUUGUAACUGUAGUCAGCGGUAAUGCUUGGCCAUUAGAAAAUAUGGGCAAAUACACAUGUAUCAUGCUGUUGCUUUGCUGAGUCAGACCAGCCCGACCAACUAGUCUUACAUGUCCUCUGUGCAAAGCCUUUUUUAGUUUUAAAGUAAUUUUUUCAAGAACUUUAUUUCUAUAGGACAGCUUAGACUUGAAAGGGGGGCGAGAAGGGGACAUGCAGGGGCUGCAGGUCGGAGUUGAACCCACGGCUGCUGUGUCGAGAAGCAAACCUCUGUAUAUGGGCGCCCGCUCCACCAGGUGGGCUAACCAGGCGCCCGCCUUUUUAGUUUUUAUUUGACUCCUGAUGAACAGACAGGUUAGCAGGAAAGGGGCAAAUGGAUUUCGGUCGAGCUGCCUUACGUACGGACGACAGAUGCAGUACUUUUGUCUUUUUUGUUCAUUUGGGUCAUUCGCUGCACUUUUUUGUGUCGCUGCAGCAUUUCAUUCUGUUUUUCUGGACAGAAAGAACUUUAGAUACAGAUACUCUAAAGUUAUGUGCCAACAGUCCAGGAAAAAAGGAUCCAGGAAUUUCUUCACGCUUAUAGAUGAGGUUAUGUAAUUCAUUGAUUGGUUGAAAGUUUUUUAAUGUUAUUGUACAGCCAAUAACUAUGCAGUGUAAGAAAAGACCCUUAACCAUACGUCUUAACUCAUUUGAUUAUGUUAAAAUGCCUUUCUUUUUCUACUAGUUUACACAUAUUUACUAUUUUAAGUUGAAAAAACCGGAGCUUCAAAAAUUGAGUACUCAAACUGCAUGACUAAAUUACUUCUACUAAUUAAAAUGUCACUUACACAGACGUAAGAAUGCAUGCAUGCAUGCAUACAGCAUGAAAUGAAUUGUGCUGCUUUCAAAAGAUGACCCCAAAUUUUUACCAAAUGUUCCCAGAUUUGAACUUUGAAAAUGUUAUCUAAAAAAUCUUAGAUUUUCAGGUGUAAAUUGGAGGAGCUAAUCUUGCUGUUCAGCUGGGUUGAUCAGAUUUAAAGGUUGCAUUAGUGAGCUUCUGAUGUUGUACUAGACAAUUUAAUGAUAUUCUCUAUUUUUAUUACAGUAAAAGUUCAUUUUGAAGCCAAAAGUAUGCUCUAUAUGAUGUAAUAUUUCAGCUUUUGAAUCCGUCAUACUUGAUUAUAUACAGUUAUUUGCCAUAGGUCAGCAGCAGUAGUACACUGCAGAUUGCGUAGUGCUUGUAGAGUAUUGGGUAAAGCAGGCUCGUUUGCGCUAGCUAGCGUAAUACAAGAUGGUAAAUAGACGCUAUGUGUCACUCCGUCAAAGUUUGAGGCCUGUGUAGAAGUUCUACUCCUGAAGCUCUUUCUGAUCAGUUUUAGGCAAAAUAUAGUUUGGACGCUGCUAACUGCAGUAAGUAGACUCAUUUGAACUUUAAACUUAUAACUUAUUUUAUGAAUGGGAGUUGCUGCGUUGUAGGCUCUACUGGAUGAUUUGGCGCUUCAGCACAUGGUUUUUGGUGAUUAUAAAAAUACCUUUUGUUUUUUUAAAUACGAUAGCUAAGGGUAAUGGUUAGAAAUACUAGACAAGCCAUAAUUAGUUUGGAGAUUGACAAAACUGACAACCUUGCAAUAAAAAUAUAUAUGGUGAGCUCAGAAGGAACCAACGACAUAUCUGGUCGGGACGAUAGAUCUAACACGCAUUAACUUAUUCUUCAUGUAUUCUCCAGAUGAUCUCAGGAUUGUGGUUAGAGUGAAUUCAAUAGGUUAUUAUGGAUUUGUGACAAAAAGAAAAACCCUUUUCCAUUAGGGAAGUUGAGGCCGUUAUCUAAUUGAUAACAGUUGUAUAAGUCAGUUGUUUUCAUUAGAUUCAGUUGGCCGAUUGAUUUUAAAUGCAUUACAGGUUCCAUUGUAGCCAUUUGUCAUUACAGUUAACCUGGCCUCUUGUUAUUUAGGUAGAAUUUGGGAUUAAUCUGUGAUAGGUUAGACAGACGUCAGUGGAUUUGAAGGGUAUUUUGUGACAAUGUGUGGUUAACUAAAUAUUUUCCCACUGGAAAUUGUAAAAGCAAAUGAACUUGUUGGUAUGUGGGGGGGGGGGGGGGGAGAUUUGGUGGUACAUGCUGUGUUGACAUCACUUUUGUUAUGAUCGUUUUAGACUUUAUUGAAUUGCCUUAUCCGCUCCCUGAUUGAUUUACUGUAAAUCUUGACAGGACAUGGGAAAACAAUUUAUUGACUGACUGACUUGCCCCUCACUUGCCUCGUACUUGUUCUGGGUCGAGACCCAUAUGGAUGGUGUAGUUGGUUCUGUGUGCUGGUGGUGAUGAUGGAGUUUUAGAUAUCAGAAUAAUGCCUUGAUGCCUUUUUGUUGUCUUCCAUUUGGGAGACUUGCAAUGUAUAUAUUAAACUGUAUUUAUAAAUAAACGGUUGAUAAUUA